AUGUAUUUACUCAUUCCUCAACACCCAUCACAAUCAUGGAUGGAUUCACGAGAGCAAGCGCUCGUUGUCCAAUAUCUUCAAAAAUUCAAUCAAACAGCGAGACAAAAGCAAAUUGGAUCCGGGGCAACUAUGCUUGAAUAUGGUGCAGGAAGUAGCACAUUUGUUUAUAGUCACUACGUUCAUCGUUAUGUGAGCAUCGAACACAACAUGGAUUAUUGUCGUAUACUAGAACGGAUGGCUGCUAGUCAACCGAAGCGUUCGAUCAUUAUAUCUUACAUGACAUCUGGUUCAUCUGGAUUUAUCGAGACCAUUCGCUUUAAACAAAAUGUACUAGUAUCGAGUGGCAACCCUUCUAUUCAAAUUUAUUGUAUUAUACCUACGAAUGCAAUGCUAUUUCGUCGAUUCUGGCAUAUGGAUGGACGAAGUACCUAUUCAAUGUAUCAAAAUUAUGUCGAUUUUGUUUCAACCUAUCUCCAUGAUCAGUUGUUUGACUUUGUUCUUGUCGAUGGGCGAGCACGACCUCAGGUAGCCUAUGUUGCCUUGAAACAUUUGAAUGGGCUACAUGCUAAAGUAUUCGUACAUGAUUGGAAUGAACGCAAAGGUUAUCAUGUGAUUGUAGAUGAAUUUUAUAAUAUUGUUAGUCAGCAAAUUGAAAGCACUCAAGUAGGCGGUGGAGGAUUGGUUGUCUUGGAAAGAAAGUCUGACGUUAUAGGAACAGCAAAGAUUGCUGAAAUUCAAUGGAAGAAAAGUAAAGAACCGAGCUGGUGGCUGUAA